UGAAUCCUCGGAUAGAUAUUAGUUUAGCUACUGCAUCUCUAGUUAAAAGAAAUGGAUCGUAGAUAAGAAGAUAAAAAGAAACAUACCAAAUUAACCAAAAUAAAAAUGCAGUAUAUGAAUGCUAGAAAGGUACAGGUGCAUUUUUGACAGAAAACUCAGACAAAACUCUCACUGAAGUCUUUAAUCAGGCAAAACUUCUUCCUGAGCAAGCAUGCAAGACAGAAGGCAUGAACAGGUGGUGUCUCUACCCUUAAUGCUAAAGGAGGCUUACUCAGCAGAGAAAAGAGCCCACGAGGAUUACUCUGAAAACAUGUCAGAGGCUUCCUCCUUUCAUGACUUUUUUUAUGAUUCCCUAUCAGGCAUACAGGAUGGAGAGGUUUCUAAUGAGCUAUCUGCAUUUCUCAGCAAGGAGGAGAUAAGUAAAAGCCUUGAUCUUGCCAGAGAAGCUAUUGCUAAUUCAGUGAAGGAGAAUCAGAAUAUAGAGCAGGAGUUCACUCAUCAUUUCAACACUUAUCCAAACUCAUCAGAAUAUGCUUCUUCUAGAAAGACCAAAGUCCACGAACAAGAAGAUUUGAGGACGCUUCAGCUGAGCAGUCCAAAUUCACUAUUCAGCACAGCUCAAACUCUCCCAGAGCAACAGAAACAGCAACCACCCACAUCCCCUCAGGCAGCAAGCAGCAUUUGCACUGUUCCUGGGAGGCAAGGCAACAUCUCGCCCUCGCUAAUGGCUAGCCCCAGCUUUAUUCGGAGUCUAAGAAAUGCAGAGAGAUGUAGUCCAAAUACGCAAAAGACAAGCCCAAAAUCCAAAUCAAUAUCCCAGGGAGAUGCUCCUUUCAAGAACAAGCUGUGUGACAAGGCUGCCAUGUUCAUUGAAGAACUUUCUUCCAUAUUUAGAGAAGCAGCAAAGGCAAGAGGAGGCAGGAGUCCCAAUGGGGACUCCUCUUCUCCAGACAGUGGAUACCUGUCUCCUAAAAAGAAACAGUCAGCCAUGAUAAAUGCCUCAGUGAAUCAGAGCCCUGGUAGAGCAUAUCCAGAAACCAAACCUGAAGCAAAGUUACCUGAGACUCACCACAAUGGAGAGCCCUUCCCUGACAGGAAGUAUGUCACUCAAGAAAGUGAAAUUGCCUUUCACCAUGAGCUCACCAAUCCGGGUAGCUAUCAGUCUUCAGCUCCUCGAUUUACUCAGAAACUCCGGAGCCAGGAAGUAGCUGAAGGAAGCAAGGUGCUGCUGGAGUGCAGAGUUGCUGGAAACCCAACACCUCAUGUCAGAUGGUUCUGUGAAGGGAAAGAGUUGCAGAAUUCCCCUGAUAUUCAGAUCCAUUGUGAAAGUGGAGGCCUUCAUUCACUAGUCAUAGCAGAAGCCUUUGAGGACGAUACCGGACGUUACACUUGCCUGGCAUCAAAUUCUGUUGGCUCUGAUAGUACUUCAGCAGAAAUAUUCAUUGAAGGUGUCAGCUCAACAGAUUCUGAGAGUGAAAGUUUAGUUUUCAAGUCAAAAUCUGGAGCUAUGCCACAGGCCCAGAAGAAAACCACUUCUGUUUCCUUAACAAUAGGAUCUUCUACUCCAAAGGCUGGAGUCACCACAGCUGUAAUUCAGCCUAUCUCUGUACCCAUUCAACAGGUCCAAAGUCCUACGUCAUAUCUGUACCGACUAGAUGGAUCCAAGCCUGUCUGCUCCACACCCAUUUUUACAAAGGAGCUGCAAAACUCCACAGCAUCUGAAGGACAGGUUGUUGUACUAGAGUGCAGAGUCAGGGGAGCUCCUCCCUUGCACGUCGAGUGGUUUCGACAGGAUGUUGAAAUCCAAGAUUCUCCAGAUUUCAGAAUUCUCCAGAAAAAGCCCCGGUCUGCAGCUGAACCUGAAGAGAUAUGUACAUUAGUAAUUGCAGAGACUUUUCCUGAAGAUGCAGGAACCUUCACAUGCACAGCAACAAAUGAAUAUGGGUCAGUGACAAGCAGUGCACAACUUACCGUCUGCUCAGCCAACUCUGAAAGCUCUAGCCAUGAGCUGUCAACAAGAGAAUCCAACAGUGAUGAUUUCCAACAUUUCCCACCUCCCCCUCCAGUUCUUGAGAUUAGUUCUCUUGAGCUUCCUCCAAAGAAGCAUACAGAGAGCCAACAGGUGAACAACACAGAAUUUAGACCCAACAUAGCAGCCGUUCAGUUACAGCUCAACACUGCUGAGAAGAAAACCAAUGGCAUCCAUCCCAGUCAUGAAGCAAAUGGAGUGAUUAACAGCAAAGCUUGUAAUGAUAAAUCUGCCCCAGCUCCAGAUGUCCUGCUUUCACCCACAAAGGAACCACCACCAGUCCUUGCCAAACCAAAGCUGGACCCUCUAAAACUACAACAACUGCAGAACCAAAUUCGUCUGGAACAAGAAGGUGGCCAGCGGUACCAUCACCACCAGCAACAUCAAAACCCUCCCCCAUCUCCUCCUUUUCCUCCUCCCCCGUCUUUCCAGGAGCUGGUGUCCUGCCAGUCUGUCACUUCUCCUGUGCAAAUGAGCAUUCUCAACUCCCACACUUCCCCAACCAUGCAGUCAUCCAGCACUUUCAACUAUGCCCGGCCUAAACAGUUCAUUGCUGCUCAGAACAUCAGCCCUGCUUCAGGUUAUGUAACUCCUUCAUCUGGGUCUUCCACAUCCAGCCUUCCAUCCCCUAUGUCUCCAACUGCCUCUCAGAAACAAUUUGGCAGAGCACCUGUUCUCCCUUUCUCCCAACCAUUUGCUCCAGAAGGGGAGUACCUGUGGUCUCCAUCUUCCUCUUCGCCCCCACCCCCUCCCCCACCAGUCUUUAGUCCAACUGCAACAUUUUCAGUUUCUGAUUCCUUCCCACUUCCCCCACCUCCUCCUCCUCCUCUCCCUUCCUCAGUUUCCUCACCUUCCCGCAGUCUUUCUCCAACUGCUAGAUUCUCUAACUCCAGCCAGUGUCCAGCAGCGUUCCUUAGCUCCAUGUUACCAUCCCAGCCACCGCCUAUAUCUGUCAAUGCACUAGGACUUCCAAAAGGUGUUAUGCCUCCGGGAUUUCCAAAGAAAACAGGCAGAACUGCUAGGAUAGCAUCUGACGAAGAGAUUCAAGGGACAAAAGAUGCUGUCAUACAAGACCUGGAAAGAAAACUUCGUUUCAAGGAAGAACUUUUGAACAAUGGCCAGCCGAGGUUAACUUAUGAGGAGAAGAUGGCACGUCGACUACUGGGUGCUGACAAUGCUGCAACUGUCUUUAAUAUACAGGAACCAGACGAAGAGCCCACUACACAGGAAGCUUGCUCUCUUGAUGCUUCUAUAAAGAGUCCUGUGGAUAAUCAAAAGGAGUAUAAAGUCUCCAGCUUUGAGCAAAGACUGAUCAGUGAGAUUGAAUACCGCCUGGAGAGGUCUCCUGUGGAGGAAUCGGAUGAUGAGGUGCAGCAUGGAGACAAGUCCACUGAUAACAGUGUGGCACCAUAUUUUGAGAUGAAGCUGAAACAUUACAAAAUCUUUGAAGGAAUGUCAGUCACAUUUACAUGCAGAGUGGCUGGAAAUCCAAAGCCAAAGAUUUAUUGGUUCAAAGAUGGGAAGCAAAUCUCUAAAAGGAGUGAUCACUACAAAAUUCAAAGAGAUCCGGAUGGGACCUGCUCUCUCCACACUACAGCCUCCACCCUGGAUGAUGAUGGGAAUUACACUAUCAUGGCUGCCAACCCCCAGGGCAGAAUAAGCUGUACUGGAAGGUUGAUGGUUCAGGCUGUCAAUCAGAGAGGACGGAGUCCUCGAACACCCCCCAGCCAGCCUCAUAUCAGAAGACCUCGAUCUCGAUCAAGGGACAGUGGUGAUGAAAAUGAACCAAUUCAGGAACGAUUCUUCCGACCUCAUUUCCUGCAGGCUCCCGGAGACCUGAUUGUUCAAGAAGGAAAACUCUGCAGAAUGGACUGCAAGGUCAGUGGAUUACCAACUCCAGAUCUAAGCUGGCAACUCAGUGGAAGACCAAUUCGUCCUGACAGUUCUCACAAAAUGUUGGUGCGUGAGAACGGUGUACACUCUCUGAUCAUAGAGCCAGUCACGGCUAGGGAUUCUGGAAUCUAUACGUGCAUUGCCACCAAUCGAGCUGGUCAAAACACAUUCAGCCUGGAGCUCAUUGUUGCAGCUAAGGAAGAACACAAGGCACCUGUGUUUCUAGAGAAGCUACAGAACACAGGAGUGGCUGAUGGAUAUCCCGUGCGACUGGAGUGCCGAGUCUCUGGGGUGCCAUAUCCUCAGAUAUUUUGGAAGAAAGAGAAUGAGUCACUUACUUACAACACUGAAAGAGUGAGUAUGCACCAGGAUAACCAUGGCUACAUUUGCCUGCUUAUUCAGGGAGCUACAAAAGAAGAUGCUGGUUGGUAUACUGUGUCAGCUAAGAAUGAGGCUGGGAUUGUGUCCUGCACUGCCAGGCUUGAUGUUUACACUCAGUGGCAACAACAACCUCAAACCACCAAGCCAAAGAAGGUGCGUCCCUCAGCCAGUCGAUAUGCAGCACUUUCUGACCAAGGACUAGACAUCAAGGCAGCAUUCCAGCCUGAAGCAAACCCAGUUCAUCUGACAUUGCAGUCUGGCUUGGUAGAGAGCGAUGACCUGUAGACCUGAGCUGCCAGAUCCAUCAUUUUCUUUCAAAGCAGAAACACUGAAAGCCAUUGCCUUGACCAAUGAUUCUUCUAUGUCACUUUAUGUAAAGCCAGACACCUUCAAGUACAAAAAUCCCCACCUUAACCAUAUAUUUCUUAUUCCUACCAAAUUAGGAUAGAUAGCUGAUUAAUAGAAAUAUUCACAUUGCACAGAAAACCACAUUCACUUUUCAGUUCCUUAUGCCUAUAUUGCUAGAAUUCUUAUGAAUAACCUUUUUCAUAAAGGCCAAAAUACUGAACUGAACCAGAUUUUUCAGAAGUAAACAGUACAGUAUUUAUCACUGAGUUCCUUCCUAAGCAAGAUGUAGAUGCUACAUGGUAUUAAUGGUGAGAGAAGUUUCAUUUAAGGCUAUUAGACCAUAAAGGAAAUUAACAUGUAUGGUUAUCUUUUUACAAUUCAAAAUGGCAAUGCAGCGUGAUAGCUACAGAGAACAAGUGCAAUAGUGUAAGAAUAAAACAGGAAGUGAGAAGGAAAAACAAACGAAUACCUUGUCUCUACAAUGAGAAAGGAAAUACAUGCCUUAAAAUGUUAGAACUGCCAAUACUAUAUAGCAAGGCUGACACCUUUGUUCUUAAAAAAAUUCUUAUUUUUUUUCUUUUUUUGGUCAGCG